UGCCGGCUGCCCGGGCACGGGGCUCAGCUGCUGUCCCGCUGCUGCCGGUGCGAUGAGCUCCCCGGGGGAGAGCCGCGCGCGCGCGCUCAGCCGCCUCUGCCCCGCGCCGCCCGCCAGGGACAAUUGAACUGCUCUUGAGAUGACUUCUAUACUGAGGAGGACAUAUGCCAGAAGUUCUGGUGAUUGAUGUCUAAUGUCGGAGUCGGUCCUUCAUCCCUUCUGAGGCAGCUAAAGCCAGUGGGAAGCUCUCAUCUCUAUAUUUGGAUAUUUGAUUGACUGUGUGUGAGGCAAAGGAAGGAACAUAACUGUGGAGAGAGGUUUUGCGGGUUUUUUUUUUCCCUUGGCACAAGCAGGCAUUCUGUAUAGAAAACCAUGCCAGAGAACUGCUUAGUGCCUUGAAGUACGAGUCAAAAUCUUAAUGCAACUUCCCUCCAAGCCAUGCUUUCAAGCUCUAAUGCUGUUUGGCAAACUGAGCCCCUCUGCUCAGGGAGCUGCUGAUGGCACCCUCACAAUCGGCUCUCAAAUAGGUUCUGGUCUGUCGGUGCUCCAGUUGGCUUGAGAUCAUUACAGAAAAGAUGCUGGACCUAAGCUUUCUGACAGAAGAGGAGUAUGAGAAGCUUAUGAAGGUUCUGCAGAGAGAUGCAGAGUUGAAGAAAAAAGACAGUGAUCGUAUCAGACGAUUACAAGGCUCUCUCAAGGAUGAAAAGAAGAAAAAGUUUGUGACUGGUGAAUGGUUUAAUGAAGUGAAGGCAAAACGUUUUCAAGAGGAAUUAGAGGGGCCAGACCUGCUUCGAGCAUCCAUUAGAAAGAAAAAGGAGAAACCGGAAAAUGAACCUAAUGAACACAUCCGGCAGAGCCUGGAAGGCAGAGCAGCUUCACUGCCAUCAGACGCAACCAGUCCUCUCUUCCCUGAACUCACUCCUGACUUGGGAGCCGAGAGAUCCAGUACAACUGCUUUGGAUUCUUCAGAGGAACAUAAAACCUGGCCAAAGCCAAAACCAAGACAUGUCAUACUGCCACCCUCAUCAAAUGAGAGAUGGAGUGUAAAUGAUGUUUUGCCAGGAGAGAGCAACGCUGGAGUAAGUACAACAGACAACUGGCAGCUGUCUGAAAAAGGUCAUGAUGUACCUCCAUUGCCUGCCAAGCUCUCAGAAGAGGAUAUGGUUCAGUCCAGUUAUUCUUCUGGGGUGGAGGUUCCUGAUGUGCUCAGUGGCACCCCAGCAAUGCAGAAAGCUCCCCCCAUAGACACUAAUAUUGCCAGCAAGAUACCAGUCAAGAGGAAAGCAAGCAAAGGCCUGUUCAGGUCAGAGACUCUUGUGAAUCCCACAGAGCAGACUGAGGGCAGUCACGCAAAGAGAGAGUCACUUAAAAGCUCAAAAUCUCUGUCUGGAGAGGAAGACAACAAUCUGGUUCUGAAGCAAGGAGCCAACUAUACCAUCUUUUCCAUGAGCCAUAAAGAUGAGGAAAUCGGCCUAGAUCAUGAACAUUUCAAGAACCUGAGGAACUUUUGGGAGAAAGGUGCUGAUACCAUAGUAGCAGGUAAUGUUUCAGAGGAGUCCUUUGAAAAGCCCAGCGUGGUAGAGUCAAAUGGGAGACCGUUCAUAUUGAGUCGCUCUCUCUCUGUACAGUCUAAUCAAAGCCAAAAUGGUGAAGAAAAGUCCAAUGUCUCCAUGAAAACCAGAAUUCCCUACAAAAGAACAGUAACCUUCUCUUCUAGUGAAGAUGAACCGUGCUACAUAGCCCAUUCAAGGAAGGUCUCGGCCUCUUCUAUGGCCAGAUCUACGUAUGGCAAGAGCAAAGGGGCUGUGGUUGCUAGAAAUAAUUCAUUGACUGAAAGUAAUGGGAGGCAGGAGGAGGAGAGAAAGGCACAACGCUGCUUGAGGAGAUCCAAACUGCCUGUGCGAGUGCCUUCAAUCAAAAUAGAAUCGCCCACGAAAGAGGGGCCCAGCAGCACAUUUGAACCAGAAACGCCUGCUGAUGAGUAUGUCAUGCCUGAAGAAAGCAGGCGCAAAGUGGACUCAUUGGCGAGUAGGAUUCAGAUAUUAAUAGAACCUGUAUAUUCAGACAGUGAUAGUGAUAGGGAUAAAAGGUCUGAUUUGGGCAUUCAAGAAAACAUGGAAACUAAUGGAGAGCUGCCUGAGGCUAAGACACGUGAGCCUGCAGAAAACCUAAUGUCCAAGGAACCAGCCACGGAGAGAGAAGCGAUUCAAGGAACUGACUCAGCUGUAUUCUCAGAAGAAGGCGGGGAUCAAUCCCCUGUUGCCAUGGCUCUGGCACGAGCGAAUAGCAUUAAUCUAGCCAAGAGCAUGGUGAACAUUUACACAACCAGUGAGACGUACAAUAAGCCGCAAAUGAUAACUCAUCAACUUCUUGAGCCCCAACGAACCAAAGAGCUGAGCAGAUCUUCCCCCAUCCUUCUAUCUGAGACGGAAUCGGACACUGCUUCAGAAAUCAGCUUCCAGUUUAACAGACACAAAAAGACUCCUAGCAUUGGCAGCCACUCCUCUGACAUGGCAUCAGUCUCUUCGGUAAGUGGUAGCGUUCUCAGUGUCUACAGUGGUGAUUUUGGGAGCGUGGAUGCACAAGGGACUGUUCAGUUUGCUCUGGAUUAUGAUGAGAAAAACCGAGAAUUCCAGAUUUAUGUUUCCCAGUGCAAGGACCUGGCUGUGGUGGAUGAGAAGAAAGGCAGAUCUGACCCGUAUGUCAAAACUUACCUGCUCCCAGACAAAGCUAGAAUGGGCAAGAGAAAAACCUCGGUGAAGAAGAGAACAGUGAAUCCCAUUUACAACGAAGUGUUAAGAUAUAAAAUAGAGAAAAUGGUGUUGCUGAUCCAAAAAUUAAAUCUUUCCGUGUGGCACAAUGACCCACUAGGACGUAACAGCUUCUUGGGAGAGAUAGAAAUAGACCUAGCUAGCUGGGAUUGGAGCAACAAGAAACUCAACUGGUACAUGCUGAAGCCACGGACCCUCUCUGCCAUUAAUGGUGUGGAUCAUCGAGGCGUGAUGAAUCUGUCUAUUAAAUACGUCCCACCAGGAAGCUUAGGUCCAAAGAAUCCUUCAUCUGGGGAAGUUCAUAUCUGGGUCAAAGACAGCAAGGACCUCCCACAGUUGCGCCCUUCUGGAAUUGACUCCUUUGUGAAAUGCUAUGUGCUUCCAGACACCAGUAAGAAGAGUUACCAGAAGACCAGAGUUAUUAAAAGAGACUCAAACCCUGUUUUUAAUCACACUAUUGUGUAUGAUGGGUUCCACACAGAAGAUCUGAAAGAUGCCUGUGUUGAGCUGACUGUGUGGGAUCAUGAAAAACUAACCAAUCACUUCCUCGGAGGGAUCAGGCUGGGCCUUGGGACAGGCACUAGCUACGGUAUCUCUGUAGACUGGAUGGACUCCACGCAGGAGGAAGUGGCCUUUUGGCAGGAAAUGAUGUCAGCCUCCAAUGAAUGGAUUGAAGGAUCACUGCCGCUGCGCUCACUGGCAGGGAGGAGGAAACUGAAAUGAAACUUCUGUUGUACAAUUAAAAGUAUGAGCAUAUUCAUUAGAAUUGGGAAGCUCCUCAUGAGCAGGGAAUGAAGCCCCUCCCCUACCUGCACAGGUGUCUGGUUAAUUAGAUAAUGAUUGCAUUGUGCUUUAAAGAUGGCAGGUGCUAAGUGGUGUUAAUCUCCCAGUAGAGGACUUAAAAGAUGCUAAACUGAUGCUAUGCUUGAUUUUAGCAAAAAGCCAAGAAAACACAUUGGUUACUUUUGUUAAUCAUUUAUAUACUCUUAGAUUUCAUUAGAGUCUCAGUACAUUGGCAGGGAAGAAGUGUAAAUAUUUUUUUUUAAUACAGGGUUUAUUUUGUUACUGGAUUUUUUGCUGUUUUUCUGUGCAGUGAGACAGUUGUAAUAAAGCUGCAGCUUAGCAUUAUCCAUAUUCCCUUUCAAGUGGUACGCUUCAUACUGGAUGCAGCAUUGAAAGCAUCUCAAAAUGGGACUUUGCCAUCUGUCACUGAUAAUGUGACUAUGACUCAGGGGGAAAAACAAAAAAACACACACUUUAGAUUGCUUUGAGAUCCAAGGUGAACCUGCAGAAAGAGGACUGUUUGGAGCAGACAACGUAGCAACAUGACUAAGAUAUCCAAGAAGAAUUCAACAAAUUUAAUUCCAUACUACUUUUAUUUGGAAGUGAAGAAUGAUGGUCUUGCAGCUAAUGUACCAGCCCAGAACUCAGUAGAUAAAGGUUCUAUUCCCAACCUUGCCACAAACUUCCUCUGUGACCUUGGGCAAGUCACUUACUUAAAGUGAAACUGCAGUGGAAUAUAAAUUAGGUUGCACUCAGCCAAAUACAAAAUAUGAUUAAAUCACUGCUGGGCCAAAUCAGUUCUUUCAAAUGCCUUGUGUAUAUAAAACAUUAAGUAUGAAAUUAUAUGUAGCAAGCAGUCUGUGUGUCAGCCUGAUGUGUAUUGAGAGGUCAAAACUGCAGCCACAAAACGAGGAAAGGAGAGAGAUUUUUGGAACUGAUGGGAAAGGUAAGUAUUCCAUGACCUUACUUUGGUUCAGUAUGUACAAACAAGUUACAUAGUAAAAAGAGCUGGCGAAAUCUCCCACUGCUCCUUGUACCUCUGGCUACUACUUUGAUCUUCCUUUCUCUCAACUGAUUUCAACAAGUUGUGAUCUAUGUUGGAGUUAUCAUUAAAUAGUAGCUUUUGGGGAUUUUGCAUCUAUCCAGUGCACAUCAGUAGAGAUUUUGCAACCAUUUUAAAUGCAGCUUUGUAAUUUCCUCUUUAAAUGUACAUGUUCUGAUUAAAUAGAAUGAUUUCCCUCA